AAUAGUCUCUUUCAUUUUCUAUAUAUACUCCUCCAUUUGCCUUUUCAUAUCCUCUAUAUUCCUAUUCUUUCUCUUCAUUUCUCAAGUUUUUCUCCUCUUGUUUUUUUUUUUAAUAGAUUAUCAAAAGAGCAGUUGAAAAAAUGGCUGGUGGUGGUGGCUUUAGCCGUGAUCCAAAUAAUGGGAAAGAAUAUCCUGGAAAUUUAACUCUUUAUGUUACUGUUACUUGUAUUGUUGCUGCUAUGGGUGGUCUGAUUUUUGGUUAUGAUAUCGGAAUUUCUGGGGGUGUGACAUCAAUGGACUCAUUCUUGCAUAGGUUCUUCCCAUCUGUAUACACAAAGCAAAGGGAAGACACAUCAACUAAUCAAUACUGCAAAUUUGACAGCCAAAUAUUGACAAUGUUCACAUCAUCAUUGUAUUUGGCUGCACUUGUUUCAUCUCUGGUUGCAUCUACUGUCACCAGAAAAUUAGGAAGAAGACUCUCUAUGCUGUUUGGUGGUGUCUUAUUUUGUGCAGGGGCUUUGAUCAAUGGCUUUGCUCGUGGUGUCUCUAUGCUCAUUGUUGGCCGUAUUUUGCUUGGUUUUGGUAUUGGUUUCGCCAAUCAGUCUGUUCCCUUAUACCUAUCUGAAAUGGCUCCAUACAAGUAUAGAGGAGCUCUCAACAUUGGCUUUCAAUUGUCAAUCACAAUUGGUAUUCUUGUAGCCAAUAUAUUGAACUAUUUCUUUGCUAAGAUCUCAUGGGGUUGGCGUUUAAGCUUAGGUGGUGCUAUGGUUCCUGCAUUGAUCAUCAGCGUCGGUUCACUUCUCCUCCCCGAAACUCCAAAUUCCAUGAUCGAACGUGGCAACAACGAGGAAGCCAAGACGAAGCUCAGGAGAAUAAGGGGCGUCGAUGAUGUGGACGAAGAGCUUAAUGAUUUAGUCGCGGCUAGUGAAGCGUCUAGGAAAGUUGAACAUCCUUGGAGAAAUUUAUUGCAAAGGAAAUAUAGGCCACAUUUAACUAUGGCUAUUGUUAUCCCAUUUUUCCAGCAACUUACUGGAAUUAAUGUGAUCAUGUUUUAUGCACCUGUCUUGUUCAAGACUAUUGGUUUUGGUGCUGAUGCUUCUUUAAUGUCUGCUGUUAUUACUGGUCUGGUCAAUGUUGUUGCAACCAUUGUUUCUAUUUACUAUGUUGAUAAGUUGGGCAGAAGAUUCUUGUUCCUUGAAGGUGGCUUUCAAAUGCUCAUUUGUCAAAUUGCUGUAGCAAUUUGCAUAGGUUUGAAGUUUGGAACAGAUGGGAAUGCAGGAAAUUUACCAAAGUGGUAUGCUAUAGUUGUGGUAAUAUUCAUCUGUGCUUAUGUAGCAGGAUUUGCUUGGUCAUGGGGACCUCUUGGUUGGUUAGUUCCAAGUGAAAUUUUCCCACUUGAAAUUCGUUCUGCAGCUCAAAGUAUCAAUGUUUCAGUCAAUAUGAUCUUCACAUUUAUCGUCGCGCAAGUGUUCCUGACACUGUUGUGUCAUUUGAAGUUCGGGUUGUUCAUCUUCUUUGCAUUCUUCGUGUUCGUGAUGACCAUUUUUAUCUACUUUUUCUUGCCCGAGACGAAGAAUGUACCUAUUGAAGAGAUGGUUAUUGUGUGGAAAGAACAUUGGUUUUGGUCUAGGUUUAUGACUGAAGUUGAUUAUCCUGGAGUUGGGAAAGGAAGUUCAAAUGGUGGAGCUGUUGAAAUGGCAAAGGGAGACAAUGGGCACAAAUUAGUGUAACCUAAAGAUCUAUAUUAGUAUUAAUAUUUUGAAAGAUAGAUGAAAAGGGAGUUUAUGUAAUGUUUUGUUGGGAUGAUGAUGUUAAAUUGAAGUGUUUUUCUUCUCUGUUUUGCAUAGGAAAAUACAUAUUUAUUGGGUUCAAUUUCAACCUUAAGGAUUAUUAUAGAUUUUGUUAGUGCAGUUGUUUGUUCCUUGGUUUAUUUUGAAUGAAUUUAUUUAUGAAA